GAUAAGACAACAAUUAAAUAACAAACAUUACCCGUAUCAGUAACAUUCGUACUUUCAAAUUAUUAAGAUGAGGUUGUACAUUGGUUUUCUAUUGGUUGUUGUGGCUGUGGUGGAGUGUGGUCACACCUUUAUAGGUACUAAUGUUCAGCGGCCACAAGUGUACCACAACAUGGUACGGUAUGAUUCACUUGUGUUCAGGAAGAGAAUUGAAAACCUGUAUUAUACCUUACCGGCUUUGCCUGCGAAUGCGGGUCGGGCAAUUCAGGGUAUCCUGGCUUACGAUUUGAGCAAUUCAGAUGCUUCAGCGAAUGUGACACAAGGUGGUAUUGGAUACAACUACGUUAAUCUACGAAUGAAGAGUUCUAGAGGGAAAUCUCUCAAGUUCGACAUUUAUAUAUAUGCUUGA